AUGGAGGCCCUGUGCAGGCUCAGCGGGCUGGAUCCCUUCUGGGAUUGGAACCUGACGUGGUACACCGAGCGGCCUGACCUGACUCAGUGCUUCCAGCAGACCGUCCUGGUGUGGUCACCAUGCAUUUACCUGUGGACCUGUUCUCCGUUUUACCUGCUCUACCUGCAGUUCCGAGCACCUGGUCCCCGGUUACCCCUGUCCUCCCUCUGCUGCGUGAAAACUGCCGUGGUUGCCAUCCUGCUGUGCUGCUGUUUGGUGGAGCUCCUUUACAUCCAUGCUGUAAAAGAAGAGACCCACCACAAUGUCGUGUUUCUACUGGGCCCAUUGCUCCACAUCAUCUCACUGGUAAGUGCUGGCCGUGUGUGUGUGAUCCAAGUGGAGCGUCUGAAGGGUGUGUGCUCCUCCAUCUUACUCUUCUUGUUCUGGCUGCUGACGGUUCUUUGCUCUGUGGUGCCUCUGAAGGUAGCUGUGGAGCAAAUUAUCCACCAGAGCUUCUCUUCUGACCCGGUCCGCUUCACAGUGCUCUUCUUGGUGGUUCUGCUUCAGUUUGUUCAGAUGCUCCUCACCUGCUUCUCCGAUCACCAGCCCAUCAGCAAAACCCGCCCCUGUCUGAGGAAAUGUCCUGAAGAGGGCGCCUCUUUCCUCUCACAGUUCUUCUUCUUCUGGUUCAGCAGUCUGGUGCUAAAGGGCUGUCGCUGCCCCCUACAGGCCAUGGACUUGUGGGCUCUGAGGCUCCAGGACACUUCAGCACAGAUCAUGCACAAGGUGGAGCACACGUGGGCUAAAGCUCGUGAGGAGGAGAGCAGCCGUGGACUGGAGGAGCCCUGUGGAGGUGUGUCAGAGAAGAGCCACCUCCUGCAGCGUCAGGAGCUGAGGCAGAACCUGAGCCUGCUCCUCCUGAGGACCACAGCUCAGAGCUUUGGUCUGUACUUCCUGUGUGGGACUGUAUGCCUGCUGCUACACGACGUCGCCAUGUUCACUGUGCCCCAAGUGCUCAGUCUGUUGCUGGGCUUCAUGCGUGACUCUUCGGCCCCCAUGUGGAAGGGCAUCCUGUUUGCUGUGCUCCUCUUCCUCCUCUCCUCCCUCCAGUCUCUGCUCUUUCACCAGUACAUGUACCACUGCUUCACUGUGGGCAUGAGGCUGAAGACUGCGCUCACUGGCCUCCUCUACAGGAAGUGCCUGGUGAUGAGCAGUGGAGCGCGCAGACAGUGUGCUGCUGGAGAGGUCAUCUCUCUGGUUUCUGCAGACGUCCAGAAGCUCAUGGACCUAGUGGUCUACAUCAACAGCAUCUGGACGGCUCCGCUGGAGAUCGCUCUCUGCUUCUACUUCCUCUGGCUGUUGCUGGGUCCCUCUGCUCUGGCUGGACUCUCUGUGGUUCUUCUGCUCUUUCCUCUGAACGGCUUCAUCACCACCGUGCGCACUAAACUACAGGAGGUGCAGCUGGCCUUCAUGGACGGCCGCAUUAAACUCAUGACGGAAAUGGUGUCUGGGAUGAAGAUUCUGAAGUUCUACGCCUGGGAGGAGGUGUUCCAGAGGAGGGUGGAGGCUCUGAGGGAGGGAGAACUGGGCGCACUGAGAAGCUCCCAGAUCCUCUACUGUGUGUCUCUGGCCUCCUUUGCCUCCUCGUCCUUCCUGGUGAUGCUGACCGUGUUUGCAGUUUAUGUUCUGAUGGACCAGAGUAACGUUCUGGAUGCUCAGAAGAUCUUUGUGUCUGCUGCUCUCAUCAACAUCCUGAAGACUCCACUGAGUCAGCUCCCGUUCGCCAUCAGCACCGCGGCGCAGGCCCUGGUUUCUCUCAAACGCCUCACUCACUUCCUACAACAAGACGAGGUGAAAGAAGACAGUGUGUCCAGACUGGCGUACAGCGCAGAUGCUCCAGCCGUAGAAGUGCAUGCUGGAUACUUCUCCUGGUCCACUGGCUCCGCCCCCUCUCUGAGCAGUAUAAAUGUGCUGGUGGAGCAGGGGGCCCUGGUGGCUGUGGUGGGCCCGGUUGGGUCGGGGAAGUCCUCUCUGCUGGCAGCCAUCCUGGGGGAGCUGGAGAGGAGGAGUGGCUCUCUCAGGACCAGAGGAUCGGUGGCUUUGGUCCCACAGCAGGCCUGGACGCUGAACGCCUCGGUGAAGGAGAACAUCUUGUUUGGAGCUCCUCGCUCAGAGAGCUGGUACCACCGUGUGCUGGAGGCUUGUGCUCUGCUGCCCGACCUGGACCUGCUGCCUGCAGGUGACAGUUCGGAAAUAGGGGAGAAGGGCCUGAACCUGUCUGGGGGACAGAGGCAGAGGAUCAGUCUGGCACGAGCCGUCUACAGGAAGUCCGACAUCUACCUGUUGGAUGACCCUCUGUCGGCUGUGGACGCUCACGUGGGACAGCACAUCUUUGACAGAGUCAUUGGACCCAACGGGCUGCUCCGGGGCAAGACCCGGAUCCUGGUGACCCACGGGGCGAGCCUGCUGCCCCAGUGUGACGUGGUGCUGGUCCUGGAGGAGGGGCGUAUCUCUGAGAGUGGCUCUUUCUCCCAGCUCAUGGAGAGGCAGGGGGCCUUCGCCAACUUCAUCCAGACGUUUGGAGUCAGCCCACAGAAGACAGAGGCAUCGACACGUGAACGAGCCAGCAGAAGGUCCAGAACCUUGUCCCGUCUCAGUAUGACAGAGUUCUCCAUCGACCUGUCCCAUGAACAGCAGCUCCUCAGGUACAAGUCCACACACACAGGCAUCUGUGACCUGAGUGGGGCCAGCACACAGUCUGUCCUGGACUUUGCCCCAGAGGAUCCUGGGAAACUGACUGAGAUGGACAGAGCGCACACUGGCCGGGUGCGCCUGCAGACCUAUAAGGAGUACUUUGAGACCAUUGGACUGGCCUUCCUCCUGCUCAUCGUGCUGCUCUAUGCCUUCCAGCAGGGGGCGUCUCUGAGCUAUAACUACUGGCUGAGCGUGUGGGCAGACGACGCUCCGCUGAACGGCUCCCAGACUGACCACGACCUGCGGCUGGGAGUGUUUGCCACGCUGGGGCUGACGCAGGGUUUUGCAAUGUUUGCCACCACCUUGGCCAUCUCUUUAGGGGGCAUAACUGCAUCCAGACAUCUCCACGGUGACCUGCUCCAGAACGUUCUGCGCUCUCCCAUGGCAUUCUUCGAGAGCACGCCCAGUGGGAGCCUUCUGAACCGCUUCUCCAAAGAGAUCGACGCCAUCGACUGCAUGAUCCCCGACGGCCUCAAGAUGAUGCUGGGUUACCUGUUCAAACUGCUCGAGGUGUGCAUCAUCGUGCUCCUGGCCACGCCCCUCAUUGGACUGGUGCUCCUCCCACUGGCUGUGCUGUAUGUCCUCUUCCAGAGGUUCUAUGUGGUGUGCUCCUGUCAGCUGAGGCGUUUGGAGGCUGUCAGCCGCUCUCCAAUCUACACUCACUUUAACCAGAGUGUCCAGGGAGCAGCCGUCAUCAGAGCCUUCAGAGAGCAGGAGCGCUUCAUCCUGUUGGCCAACCAACACAUCGACACCAACCAGGAGGCCUACUUCCCUCGCUUUGUGGCUACCAGGUGGCUGGCCGUAAACCUGGAGUUUCUGGGGAACCUUCUAGUGUUGGCUUCUGCUCUCUUCUCUGUGCUCGGGAAAAAUGAGCUGAGUUCUGGAAUAGUGGGGUUGGCCAUUUCUCAUUCUCUGCAGGUGACAGGUGUGCUCAGUUGGAUCGUCCGCUCCUGGACAGAUGUGGAAAACAACAUUGUGUCUGUGGAGAGGGUGAAGGAAUACGCCCACACGCCCAAAGAGGCCCCCUGGAGGUCAGAGCCCGGGGCCCUGUCUCCGCUGUGGCCCUCUUCAGGCUCCAUCAGCUUUGAGGACUUUGGACUGCAGUACCGCCAAGGCUUAGACUGGGCCCUCAAAGACAUCACCCUCCACGUCCAAGAUGGAGAGAAGAUCGGGAUCGUUGGUCGGACUGGAGCAGGAAAGUCCUCCCUGGCUCUGGGACUCUUCAGGAUCCUGGAAGCUGCGAGUGGGAGAAUCUGCAUCGAUGGAAUUGAUGUCUCCCUCAUAGGCCUCCACGAUCUGAGGUCCAGAUUAACCAUCAUCCCCCAGGACCCUGUGCUCUUCUCUGGAACCCUCCGUAUGAACCUGGACCCGUACGAGACGUGCUCUGACUCUGCUCUUUGGGACGUGCUGCACCUGUCCCACCUCAGCACCUUUGUGUCCAGCCUGCCCCACAAGCUGGAGCACCUGUGCAGUGAGGGUGGAGAGAACCUCAGUGUGGGUCAGAGGCAGCUCCUGUGUCUGGCCCGUGCCCUGCUGAGGAAGAGUCGUGUUCUGGUGUUGGACGAGGCCACAGCCGCGGUGGACCUGGAGACCGACCGCCUCAUCCAGUCCACCAUCCGCACGCACUUCAGGGAGUGUAGUGUGCUGACCAUCGCCCACCGCCUCAACACUAUACUGGACUACAACAGGGUGGUGGUGAUGGACCAGGGUUCAGUUGUGGAGAUGGCGCCCCCUGCAGUUCUCCUCCAGCAGCGUGGACAUUUCUACAGGAUGUGUGCAGAGGCCGGCCUGGUGUAG